AUGGGUGGCGAAAUCGUUCCUUGCAAAUAUCGGAGGAUUGAAUUAAACGAAGCUCCUCGUACUUUGAAUUUAGCUAACUCAUCUGUACUCAAAAUGGUCGAGGAGGAAGAUUACGAAAGAGCCCAUCCUGCACCUGAAGCCAAAUCAGAAAGGCAAAGUCGACCUCGACAACGACGCCCUAUCACUCGCGAAGUUGUCCUGAAAAUAAACCGCCGUCAUCCGCGGCAACGAGACAUAAGUUGGCCACCGUCAGAUGACCAAUAUCGUUCCCGAAGCAGUUCUGAGGAAGUCCAUUUCAAUGAGGAUAUACGGAAACGGCACGAAAUUUUUCAUUUAAAAGAAAUGUUUGAUCAGGGACCAAUAGCUGCCAACAUGUCGAAUGAUAGAAAUAAUUCUUGGUCGUCAUCCGUGGAAAAAGAUGUGUAUAGGCAGUCCCCAAACAGCAAUCGGGAUCGUGGGAAGGAUGCUACCCAAAGUGCUAAACGGCAGAGCCUACAUUGGUAUCGUCAGGCGGAAUGGCCCCCACAGCCACAGUAUAACGAUACAGAAAACGAUAGAAAAAUAGCCAAAAAGACAUUUUAUCUGCCUGAAAAUGAAUUGCAUAUUGGAAUUGUAGAAACCGCUCGGAGUUAUUGGCAAAAUAUUUCAGCGCGAAGUAGCAGCACACCUGCACGGCGGCCUUCCUCCCAAAACCAUUAUGGCAGUGAGGGCAUGAAGCGUUGGCGAAGCCACGAUAUGAUAGCAUCCGACCAUCACAGGACAGGAGCAAGUUCAAGUAAUAGUCAAUCGGGAGCCCUGCAAGGAGAAGAGCCGUGCAAGGAAGAUAAUUUGCCACUAGAACGCUAUAAAAGCAACAGCUAUAACGAAUUGCCGCCAUUAAAGCCACGCCGAGACAAUCAUAAAGAUUUGCAUCACACAAAGAGAAAAUUAAAUUUGAAUAAUUCAACGCAGACAGUAACGAAUAAGAGAAGGGAGGGACGUUGGAAAUCCGAUGAAAACUUAAAUAUAAUCGCGUUGGAUCAACUUAACUCGCAGGGAUUGAAUUGCGCCCUCCAACGAAAAAAUGGACAUGAAACGCUAAGGACAUCUACCGGGUCGGCUGAAAAUAUACUCGAAAUUACUCGAUCUGAAGAAGAGAACUUGUUGCAGGCAACAGAUACUGGAGGUAAAAGUUACAAGGAUGAGGUUAAAUUAUGUGGCUCCGUCGGAGAUUUGCAGUCUAAUCGCGUGAAUGCUCAUGUCAAUAGUCCCCAGCCACAUAUUACCCACUGCGAUAACGAAACGAGGUUACGUGAUGAUUCACUUGGAAAUGAUGCAAUAAAAAUGGAAGCCCAAAUUUCGACUUGUGUACCUGAGCAGAAUUUUUCGCCUUUGUAUGACAAGUAUCCGGCUGUGACUUCAUUCAGGGAGGAAGACUCGCAUCAAAAAUAUGGGCAUUCUAAGGACACUAAUCGUGAAACCCAAAAUGUCCGACGUGAUGAAAAUUUACGAGACCAAAUGCUACGAUUUACGCAUAGUUCCGAAAGACAAGAGCGACAGGAGAGUGUAGCUAGAAUAUGUAACGAAGAACAAUAUGAAACGAGUAACGAGCAGAAAACUUCUUGCAAGGAUUAUAGUAAAUCAUUCAUUAUUGGGGCCAGUACGAACCAAAUGAAGAAAGGAACUGAAGGGGGUGAACUGCAUGACAAGGAUUAUGUGCCAUAUGAAGGAGCUCAAACAUGCCAACGAGCAUUCAAAGAAAAAAAAAAUGCCGAAUCUUUACUUCUUCAACGAAGCUUUGUCGAGGAGGCGAUAAUACAGGACUUGCGUCGAAUAAGUGAGUACAUGGAUAGUGUUGAACAAGAGGCGCUCAGUGCUAGUCAGCACAUGAAUCCAAUCAUUGACUCACCGCUACAAGCAAACCUCAAGCAAAUAGUUAUGCAGAAGGGUCUUUUUCGACAUGCAGAUUCCGUUGAUCUGAAUAAACCUAAAAUUCUUCCAUUAAGAUCCCCUCAGUUAUGCAUACCAUCAAUAUCGGCAGUUGUACAACUGGAAAACUUACCAGUAGUUGAAAAAGCACUAAUUGACCUCCUCGCUUUGUCCACAGCCCUUAAAGCUCUCGAGAGUUCUAAUACGUCAACAGAUGACAAUUGUUUUGAACCAGAUGUAGAGGCAACCGACACCACAACGGAGAGUACAGCCAGUAGAACUGCAAGUGACAGUCCAGCAGAUAAAAUUAUUCAGAGUAAAAAUAUCUUGAGUGGUUAUCUUAUUACCAAACAAGAUCAAGAGAAACUAUUUAAAACAGUGCACUUCGAUGAAGCCAAUAUAUCGGCGGGCUGGAGUGUCAAGAAACAAAUAAGUGAAUCCUCCGGUAAAAGAAUCCCAUCGCCACCAGAGUCACAAUUUGGCUAUCUUGAAAACAAUGAUAAUGCUGGCCUCAGUGGCACUGUUGGCGAUGCAAGCGAUGACAAUAAAAGAGCUCUUGCGUCCCCUGAGCAUUUGGUAUUCGAUAAAGGCCAUCAAUAUGAACAACAAUGGCUGUCAAGUGAGAAUAAAAUAAUCAAUUCAAGAAACGUUGACAAUGUAAACCCCGGAAAAAGUGAAGACAAAAUAUCUGAUAAAUUAAUUAAAAACCAAACUAUUCUAGUGAGAAGUAAUUCUAUGGGCCAGAUGGUCUCUCCAAGUUCAUUAGCAGCCUCUCAAAAUAUUUUCAUGAGGCAGAUAUCAUGUCCAGAUAAUGAGAUCACUACCUAUUCAAAGUCGAACGAAGAGUCAAGAGAUAAUUGGUUAGAGUACUGCAUGCAUCUAACACCAUGGCGACAUCCCCAUGGUAAAUAUGUAGACCAGAUGGAGCAAAUUGAAAUUGAGGAAGCAGGGAAUGUAGAAAUCGUCCCUCCGAGUAGUCAGUCAACAUCUAUUUGGACAGCUAAUCGCCACGCUGCAGACCAGGAAAACGUCCAGUCGCAUGACAGCGAAUUCGGUCAGCACCGCAGCCGAUGCCGAACUAGGACACACCGAGACUCAGAUAAUCGAAUCCGUAGCUCCUCACAGCCAUGUCCCCAAACCGAUGCCCGUCUGUCACCACUCAGCCGGCAGCAUUCCUACGACAGCAGCGAAAGUCGGUUUUUCGCUUCACCGAGGCUGUAUAUGAGCGGUCACUUCUGUCCCGGAGAAGGGUACAAACGCGUUGCUUGGCCGCCUGUUGACUCGGCUCCAGUCUACGCAACAGUUCCACAGGCUCAAAAUCCACCCCCAUCAACGUACGAGGUCAGCUCUCAGAUUCAACCAAAAUCAGCCCCUACUAACUAUUCUCAACCACAACAAUAUCAGCAAUCGUAUCAACCACAGUAUCAACAACCGCAACAACAAGAACCUCAUUACCAACAACCUAAACCCCAAUACCAACAACCACAGCCACAAUCCCACUACCAGCAAUCGCAACCUCAAUAUAAUAACGUGCAGCAACCACAACCACAAUACCAAGCUCCUCAUUACCAGUCCUCCCCAGCUCCUCAAUAUCAAUCCUAUCCUUCCCAACCUCAGACGCAAUACGGUGGUGCGCCAGCUCCGGCUCAAAGUAGCACAGUGUCCUUUGCAGGAGGUAUUGCCAAAAGCAGCUCCCCUUCACGACCAAUAGCUCGGCAAUACGUUCCGGGCCAGAUAUCUGUGCAGGGAGAAUACCAACAACCGGAGCAAUAUCAAGCACCCGGACAAUACCAGACACCGGGACAAUAUCAAGCACCGGGACAACACCAAACAUUGGGACAAUACCAACCACCGGCGCCAUCCACUUUUGAGACACUUUCACCACAACCAACCGCCGCCUAUAGUUCUCCAUCCCAACCAUCUCCCCAAUCACCUCGUGGUUGGACGCACGUUCGUCCACCAACUCCAACUCGCACCGGAUAUACCGUGCAGCCUAGUUUUCCCCAAUAUCAGCGAACCAAUUCUGCUCCAUCCGCAUCAGAUUCAUAUCAAGGAGCGUAUCAGCCUACUCAAAAUCACUAUCAGCCUCAGGCAACACAAGCUUUUCAGCCUGUGAGCCACCAGCCAUCAGCACAAAACUAUCAAGCGCAAAAUUACGCGCAACCACAAUCACAGCAACACCACACGCAGGCUCCACCCCAGACAUCUCCUUACGGCCGUGGACAAAGUCCAGGAGUGAUUCAGUUGCGUAGGGAAACUCCAGUUUCGCAGAAACCAGCGCCCGUCUACACGUCUCAGCCAGUGACCGCAAGUCUAGGAGGAGGUUCCAAAAUGCGUGGAGACUUGAAAUGGCCCCCACCAGAAUACAAAUCUCAGGCCGAGGCCGAAAAUGAAGAGCGCCGCAGAAUAGCCAUGGGACCAGUUUGCCGUCCAAGGCGAGUCCAAAAGGACUACACCGGGUUCUUUGCGAAGAAUGCAUUGAACCAUUACUACCCAGGCUAUAAAGUUCCGCCAGGCACUCAGCACAUGUACACCCAGUACUAAACCACAAACGAAAUUAUGACGACGACUGCUACUAAUACGCUGGGGUGUUCUCCAUUUGGAAACGCUUCCGUCCCCACGACUGCAUUUUCAAAUCGAAGACAUCCCUAGAAAUGUUUAUAUUCUCUGCACGUUAAAAUGUUGUUAUUUAUUUUUAAUAUGAAAGAUAUGAUGUAAAGUUGAAAUAAAAAAUGUUGCUCUGCGUUACCAAUUGUUCGCUAAUAAUUUUGCCAUAAAAAUCUUUUACCUUUGCUGGGAAAAUUUCAAGAGAGCUUAAGCAGUCCAUGUUUCUAGCAAAUUGCAUGCACUGCUCCACGGGAAUCUAGACAGAAACUCCUUUUGUUCAGUGCUAUCCUUGCCUUGAAUCCCUCGGGAAUUUUUCGUGGCAACCACCUUGUCUCCCUAGCAGCAAUCUGCAUUUCAGCAAGUACUCUAUCGGCAAAGAUACUUUUCACUAGAUUAAACGGCGCUACAAGUGCAGAUUGGUUUCGGAGAGAGGGUGUGGGGUCGAUUGAAUUCAAAAGCUCACCGAGACAACUGAGCGAUUUAUUGCCGAUUAAAAUGGUAAAACUACCGCUCUACGUACAUGCAUCUGAGCACUGCCAUCGCAAAAGCGUCUAGAUCCCCUCGGUCAACAUAAAAUGAAAUUUUCCAAUUGCUUUAUUUCUAUCUGUAACUUUUGACUAGUACUUUUUCUGUACAGCAAGAAUAAAAGAAAGUAGAUAUUAAAACCUAAACUUCUCAAGCUUAGCGUGUGAGCUUCUUCUUAACAUAGCAAUGCGAAAAAUUUAUUUUUAUUUAAGAUAUUUUUUUAAUAUAGUGAAGUCGAAACACAAAAUAAUUCGAACGGCACCGAUUGUGGUAAAGAUGUUAAGGAGAUGUCUGUAGUUAUAUUGUAAGCUUCGUGGUAAAUGUUUAUGAUUCAGUGAAUACGAACCAGAAAAUAAAGUAAAGGCUUUUCUUAGUAAAAAAUCAAAUCACUUAGACCAGGAGGGGGUGGAUUUGUGUUCUUUGUGUUAAUUCUGGGAUGCAACACGUAACGUAUGCAUUAAUUUUGAGGAUGCGGUUAACACAAAAGACACGAAGGCUCCCACCAUAAAAGUUCAUACAAAGAUAUUUAUUUAAUUGAUGUUAGUUAGUUAUAUUUGUCAAUAACCGAACCAUGUUAUUUAUAUAUCCACUAUACAUUUCAAUGUCUUGAGUAUAAUAUUUUUGAGAAAAUGAACAAUUAAAACAGUUGUCCACUGAAAAAUACCAAUUGUGACACAUUUACUGAAAUUGUAAAUAAAGAUGCUGAUGACUGGA